CACAAAUAAUUUCUUCCUUCAGGCGUCCCUUUCCAAAAAAUCUGUACUCCACUACUCACUAUUAAGUUGCGUACGUGCAGGCAAGAAGUGGAAGCACAGCGUAACUGCCUUUACGAUUUGUGCACUAUUUAACGCAGGAAAUGUCCAUGACGUUCGUCAUUUAAAACACCUGGAACGCAGUUAGAUCGAGACUUGGAAUUUUCUGUAAAAGUGACGAAAAUGUCAGCCGAAUUGGGUUUCCGUCCUCCUCCACCAGCACCAACAUAUUGUCCAUCAAUAGGAGAAUUUAAGGACCCGUUGGCUUAUAUUGCAAAAAUCCGACCGGAAGCUGAAAAAUAUGGGAUGUGCAAGAUUAAGCCACCACCUGGUUGGCAGCCUCCAUUUGCUGUUGAUGUUGAUAACUGCAAAUUCACACCGAGAAUUCAGAGGCUUAAUGAGCUAGAGGCUCAAACCAGAAUCAAAUUAAAUUUUUUGGACAAAAUUGCAAGAUUCUGGGAAUUACAGGGAUCUUCCCUGAGAAUCCCUGUUGUUGACAAGAAAGCUUUGGACUUAUUUACACUGCACAAACUUGUUCAAGAAGAAGGUGGAAUGGAAUUAAUCACAAAAGAAAGAAGAUGGACAACUCUUGCUACAAGAAUGGGCUUAAAAACAGCCAACAAUAAAGGCAUCGGUGGUAUUCUCCGGACCCAUUAUGAAAGAGUUGUAUAUCCGUACGUUAUCUUUGAAACUGGGAAAAAUACCAAGAGAGUUAGCGUAGGAAACGAAAAAGUUAAGGUAGAAGACGCAGAUAGGGACAAAGACUAUGUUCCUCAUCACAUCCUUUCGCGGAUGGCAGUUAAACCUCCCCCUCCCACCAAAAAAUCCAGACGUAAUCGCCAUUUCACUCCUACUGAAAAAGACGAUGGAGAAACUACCGAUCGAGUUACUCGCGGACAAGUGGAUACAAAUACCGAAUUUGACCCGUUAGAAAAAUAUGUUUGUCACAAUUGUGGUCGAGGUGAUGCAGAAGAAGCCAUGUUGCUGUGCGAUGGAUGUGAUGACAGUUAUCAUACAUUUUGUCUGAAUCCACCUCUAAAUGAAAUUCCGAAAGGAGACUGGCGCUGUCCUUGUUGCGUAGCUGAAGAAGUUAGUAAACCAACAGAAGCAUUUGGUUUUGAACAGGCUACCAAAGAGUACACACUACAGACUUUUGGCGAAAUGGCCGAUAAAUUUAAGGCUGACUACUUCAAUAUGCCCGGUCACUUGGUGCCGACAUCUGUGGUGGAAAAGGAAUUCUGGCGAGUCGUUUCAUCUAUUGAUGAAGAUGUCGUUGUUGAAUACGGAGCAGACUUGCAUUCCAUGGACCAUGGAUCAGGCUUUCCAACCCUCAAUUCGAGGCAUUUGUUGUCUGGUGACGAAGAAUAUGCGACAUCUGGAUGGAAUCUUAACAAUUUACCGAACGUAGAUGGUUCAGUAUUGGGCUACAUUAACGCUGAUAUCUCUGGAAUGAAGGUUCCUUGGAUGUAUGUUGGAAUGUGUUUUUCUGCAUUUUGCUGGCACAACGAAGAUCAUUGGAGUUACUCAAUCAAUUAUUUACAUUGGGGAGAACAUAAAACUUGGUACGGAGUUCCCGGAGACGGAGCUGUAGAAUUCGAAGAAGCAAUGAAGAGUGCUGCCCCUGAAUUAUUCAAAAGCCAGCCAGAUCUUCUUCAUCAGUUGGUGACAAUCAUGAAUCCCAAUAUAUUAAUGGACGCUGGUGUUCCCAUAUACCGUAUAGAUCAAGCAGCAGGCGAGUUUAUCGUCACUUUCCCCCGCGCCUAUCACGCCGGAUUCAAUCAAGGAUACAAUUUCGCUGAAGCUGUCAACUUUACACCAUCUGACUGGCUGGACAAGGGACGAGAGUGCAUCGAAAAUUAUUCACAGUUACAUCGCUUUUGUGUGUUUUCUCACGACGAACUGGUAUGCAAGAUCGCAUCUUCAGCAUCGGAACUAAGCCUUGAGAUCGCCACCGUUGCUUACAAGGAUAUGGUGAAAAUGGUUGAAAGUGAAAAGGGGUUGCGAAAAAAUCUCCUGGCUUGGGGAGUUAAGGAUUCGGAAAGAGAAGCAUUCGAACUAUUGCCAGAUGACGAGCGCCAAUGCGAUCAUUGUAAAACAACCUGUUUCCUAUCGGCGUUGACAUGUAGCUGCGUCGAAGACAAACUUGUCUGUCUGAGGCACAUUAAACUUUUGUGCGAGUGCCCGCCCCAGAAGCACACGCUUCGCUACCGUUACACGAUGGACGAGUUGCAAGGUCUUCUCCUGAAAAUCCAAGGAAAAGUAGACAGUUUUAAUAGCUGGGCUGCGAAAUUACGUGAAGCUUUAAAAGGACAAGAAGACGAUAGAGUUGAACUAGCGGUUUUAAAAGCUCUGCUGUCGGAUGCGGAUGAACAGAAAUUCCCCGGCACCGAAUUAGUAUUGUCACUUCGGGAAGCAGUGGAAAGUGCAGAAAAAUGCACUAUGGUGGCCCAACAGCUUAUGAGUAGCAAAGUGCGUACGCGUACUCGACUCCAGGGAGAGGCAAAAUGUCGUCUAACUCUAGAGGAGUUACAGUUGUUUGUUCAACAACUUAAAAAACUUCCUUGCAAGCUACCCGAAUCCGAAGCCAUUUGUGAACUUUUCAAAAAUGUUUCCGAGUUUCAAAAAGAAGUUAGGCUUCUUCUUGAACCCAUCGAUGAAAACCAAUCUAUUCCAGACCUCGAAGUUUUGCAAAAGAGUCUCGAACGUGGAGCUACUUUUGGAAUCGAUCUACCUGAAAUUGGCCGCUUGAAACUGCGAAUUCAGCAGGCUGAAUGGAUCGAAAAGUACCGUGAUUUACUCGGGACAAAUCCAAUUUGGGAUCCCGAAGUCAUUCCUUCCGCUGAUCGCGAUGCUACUGAAGAAGACGAAGCAGAAGAGGUUUCUCUAGACUCUUUGCGUGAGCUGCUCGAACUUGGCGUCGGUCUACCUCCUCAUCCGGUGUUGGAAAAAUCUCUAGCAAAGCUACAAGGAUUGCUCGAAAUGUCAGAAAAGAUCGAAGAUAAGGCGAACAUUUUUUUGCAGGCAAAGCCUAGGCUACCACUUUCUUCUGCUGAUAUGAUCAUCAAAGAAGUGGCUUUAUUGCCAACUUACCUGCCUUCGGUCGCUGCCUUAAAGGAAGCUGCUAAGAAAGCUCGUGACUGGAACAGCCGUCUAGAGGUUUUACAGAAGUUGGAGUACAGCCCUUAUCUUGAGGCGCUUGAAAGCUUGAUGUCCAAAGCCAAACCGAUUGCGAUAAGACUGGAUUCGCUCGACGAACUCGAAAAUCAGAUCGCCGCCGCUCACGCUUGGCGCGAAAGAACUGCUAAAACAUUUUUACGAAAGAACUCAUAUUAUUCCCUGAUCGAAGUCCUUUCCCCGAAACUCGACGUAUUAGUUGCUUCACGUUUCCGACGCCGUCGACCCAAAGAAGAUCCCUUCAACCCAAUCAACGUUACUCACGUAAUCACCCUCGAGGCAGAGAAGAAGGAAGAUCCUCGACUGAUCGUUGAAGCUUUCAAAGAGAGUGAAAACAACGAAUUAACUAGCUUCAAGCGUAUCCGAGUUCAAAACAUUCAAAAAAAAGUACAUGAUGAUCAGGGCCUUGCUCAUUACUGUAUUUGCCAAGGCAAAGCCCAGGGAGGCAUGAUCGAAUGCGCACUCUGCAAAGAAUGGUUCCAUCUUUCGUGUUUAAGGGGAGCGAAGCAACAAGGUCCAGGGGCCAAAAACAAGACAAAUGGUGAAGGCAAUGCGAUUAGCGGAAUCAAAGAUGGCCGUUACCUCUGUGGCUAUUGUUGUCGUUCGAGACGGCCUCGUCUAGAAACGAUCCUCUCGUUGCUGGUGUCUUUACAAAAACUUCCUGUUCGAUUACCCGAGGGUGAAGCUCUUCAGUGUCUCACCGAGAGGGCCAUGAACUGGCAGGAUCGAGCUCGUCAGCUGCUAUCUACUGAAGAGUUAACAGCAUGUCUGUCUCAAUUAUCUACCAUGUUGCAACGUGCUACUGACGCUACUUCUCGGAAGAAAAUGGAUGGUAAGACUGGAUCAAAUGAGCUUCAAAAAUUGUCGGUGAGCGGAGAGCACCGCGAUUUCUUCAGUGGCAGCGAAGAGUCACAGGACAGCGAAUGUACGGCUAGAGACAGUAUUCCAGAAGUUGUCGAACAACCUCCAGCGCUUAGCAACUCAGAGCAUGCGUAUUCUUCUUUUUCCAGAGAUGGCUCAGGUUGUAUGACUUCUAACAAGAAGAAUGUACGCAAAUCUCCGUUAGUUCCUCGACAGCUAAACUCUUCCGUGUGGACUUCGCCAUCAAACAAUUCAUCAUCAUGUUCACAGAAUGUUCCUCUCAUAACUCUGUCCUCUCAAACUGCUGCGAAACUCGAAGAUCUCAUCCUCGAGGGUGAUUCACUCGAAGUGUCGCUCGACGAAACGAUCCAUAUAGGAAGGAUUCUUCAGGCUAUCAAGGCUCCCUCAGAACCUCCUGUGAUGGCUCUUCUGUACUCCAAAGAUGAAGAACAGGAUUGUGAAUCCAAUGGAGAUUCCUUCAGCAAAAAGAAAAUGCAAGGCAAGAAGAGAAAGUUGGAUCCGCCAGGGGAUAAACAGACGCCAAGAGGUCCCAAAGGCAACAAGAACUCGAAAACGAUGAAAGGAAAUAAGAAACCAAGAAUGAUGAAGAAAUCGGAUGGGAAGAAAAGGCAAUCAAACAAUGAAAGUGAAAACGACGAAGAUUGUGCGGCCGAUCAAUGCCUGAAGCCUGCAGGUAAGGAAGUCAUUUGGGUGCAAUGUGAUGGAGGCUGUGAAAUGUGGUUCCAUUUGAGAUGUGUCGGAUUACAAGCAAGAGACGUCAAGGCCAAUGAAGAUUAUAUUUGUCGACGAUGUGCUGUUAAAAACCCUCCUGCAGGCGAUGAUGACAUUGACAAGGAUGAGCAAAAUUAGGACAAAACUAACCGCCGCAUUAUCUUUUCACUCCUUGUCACAUUCUUCACUCUGACGUGGUAUGAUUUAUACAUAACCCCAGAACGCAUACAAAAUCUCCAACUGACCAAUGUUGUAUAAAUGUCCAUCGAGAAAAAGUAUCAUUCAAAUCUUUUCACUAUUAUAUUUUGGCCGAGGCUUGCUUUAAAAAUUAAUUAAUCACGAUUCCGCCGGGAUUCCGAUUUCGUCCGCAAAUAAGUAUUUCGUUUUAUUUUGUCUGUAUCCUUAUCUGAUCAAUGUCAGCGUAGCGACAAUUUAAGUAUAUUGUGUUUAGUCGAGAAAUUCAGUAAAUAUACUACCGUCAUUAAGAAA